AUGUUUUCCAUAUCAGCAAGGCUAAUCACUUUAGCAUCGUUAUGUUCGUGGGUUUUUCUGGCUGUAUCUGCACAGCAAGAUCUGUUAGUCUUCAAAUCAGGUCUCAGCAAUCGCAAGCUUGCCAGUCAGAACAGCGCUCCGGAUAUUUGGGUCGACUCGGACGAUUUCAAAGGCAUCCAAAAAGCAGCCAGUGAUCUUGCAAUUGAUUUCGGUCGGGUAGUUGGUGUCAAUGGUACGGUACGGCUUUUGGGCAAAUCGGACAGUCGUUCUAAGCCAGUAUCCCUCAUCAUCGCGGGUGCCGUUGGCCAUUCAACACUGAUCGAUGGCCUUGUCUCUGACGGCAAACUCGAUGUUUCCGAGAUUGAGGGAAAAUGGGAGGCAUAUACGUCGGCUUUUGUCAAGAACCCCCUGGACGGCGUCAGCUGGGCCCUUGUGGUGGCAGGGAGCGACGUGCGUGGAACAAUCUUCGGCCUCUAUGACAUUUCCGAAAAGAUAGGCGUUUCGCCCUGGUACUGGUGGGCAGAUGUUCCCCCAAAGAAGAAGACCGAUAUUUGGGUCCAGGAGACACGAAAGGUCCAAGGCUCUCCAUCCGUCAAGUAUCGUGGCUUCUUUAUCAACGACGAGGCGCCCGCGCUUACGAGCUGGGCCGAACCGAGAUUCAGGCGCACCGCUAACGGAAGACCGUUCACCGGGGAAUUUUACAAACUCAUCUUUGAGCUCUGUCUUCGCCUGCGUGCCAACUACAUCUGGCCAGCCAUGUGGGGCAGCAUGUUUUACGUCGACGACAAGGAAAACGGACCCAACGCCAACGACUACGGCGUCUUCAUUGGUACCAGUCACCAUGAACCGAUGGCGCGAGCAGAAACAGAGCAGCAGCAGCAGCUGGAGGGAUCCUGGGACUGGAUUGGGAAUAAAAAGAAUAUUACCGAAUUCUUUAGGGGAGGGGCUGAGCGUGCUAAGGACUGGGACACUAUAUUCACUAUGGGUAUGCGAGGUGCGGGAGACGUUGAGUCGCCGACCCUCACCUCAGAUUCACUCGAGGAAAUUCUCAAAGUGCAGCAGUCAAUCCUAAAAGAUGUCUUGGAUGUCAAGGAUCUCGGACAAGUACCGCAGACCUGGGUAUUGUACAAGGAAGUCGGGCGCUAUUACCAAGCGGGCAUGGAAGUUCCGGAUACCGUUACUCUUCUCUGGACCGACGACAAUGCUGGAAACCUACUACGAACCCCCUUCGCAAACGAAACAGACCGAGAAGCAGGUGCCGGUGUAUACUACCACUUUGACUACGUCGGGGCUCCACGAAGCUACAAAUGGAUCAACACCAUUCAGCUUGUCAAGACAUGGGAGCAAAUGCACCUGGCCUAUGAAAAGGGCGCCCGGGAGAUCUGGAUCGCCAACGUGGGAGAUCUUAAGCCUUUGGAAAUUCCCAUGACCCAUUUCUUGGACAUGGCCUAUGACAUGUCCAAGCACACAACGCCCGACAGCACGACGGAGUGGAUUAAGAGAUGGGCAAUUCGCGAGUUUGGCAAGCCGUCCAUCGCCGACACAAUCGCGCGCAUCCUCAACACAUACGGCAAGCUUAUCGUUCGCCGCAAGUACGAGCUCCUAAGCCGCGAGCCUUUUGCGUACAGCGUUUCCAACUACGACGAGGCCGAGCGAGUAAUCAAAGAGUGGUCGGAUCUUGUCGACUUGACGCAAAGCGUCUACGAUGCCCUUCCUCAGGACACGCAAAUACCCUUCUUCGAAAUGGUGCUGCAUCCGGUGCUGGCGGGCAAGACUGUUGUCGAGCUCUACAUCAAGGCGGCUUUGAAUGCCUGGCACCAUAGCCAGAGACGUACCAGCACUGAUCGCCUAGCGAAAGACGUCAACGACUUGUUUGCUCAGGACGCCGAGAUCACGGAUAGGUACCAUUCAUUGAAGGACGGCAAGUGGGAUCCCAUACUCAACCAGACUCACAUCGGGUACACUUUCUGGAACGAGCCUCCUGUCAACGCCAUGCCGAAUGUCAGCUACCACACCAAGGACAACGUUCCUCAAUCGGGCAUCAUGGGCGUUAGUGUUCAAGGGAGCAGCAGAAGUUCGCCUGGAGAUCCCGAACCCACCCUCUUGUCCGUUGACCGCUAUAUGCCACCCUCUGAGAAACGGUAUCUCGACAUCUUCACGCGCGACAACGGCACUUUCUCCUACAAAAUCACACCCAACGCCUCGUAUGUUACUGUUUCUAAUUCACGCGGCACCCUCAAGGCUCCCGGUGAGAAAAGCGACAUUCGAAGUUUCAUCUCCGUAGACUGGAGCAAAGCUCCCAAAGGGCUUAGCUGGGUUGGUCUGAAGGUUUCUGCUGCGAAUGGCCGAGAUGUCACGGCGGUAUUGCCGGUCAACAAGACGUCUGUGCCCAAGGAUUUCCACGGCUACGUCGAGUCCGGAGGCGUUGUUUCAAUUGAAGCAGAGCACUAUACAAGUGCCGAGAAGAAGGGCAGCCUGUCAUACACCACUAUUCCCUACUACGGCCGCACUCUCUCUGGUGUGAAGCUUUGGCCUGCUACCGCCGAUUCGCAGACUCCUUCUUCAGCACCAAAGCUGACGUACUCUUUCCACACAUUCAAUUCGCGCAGUUCAGCUAGGGUCAUGGUGUUUCUCGGGGCUACGCUGAAUCACGAUCCAAGUCGCCCGCUAAAAUACGCCUUCGCCAUCGACGGUAGAAGUCCUGUCACUGUACAACCCGUGCCUACGACACCUAUGGGUAGCGUGCCGGACGGCUGGGAGGAUGCAGUUAUUCCGGGAGGGUGGACGUCGAUAUCGACUGUUGAGCUUUCAGCUGGUUCGCAUCAACUCUCACUUUGGCUUCUGGAGCCUGGCGUCGUUGUUCAAAAGCUAGUUGUCGACGUUGGCGGGUUCAAGUCGAGCUCCCUUGGGCCUCCGGAAAGCUACAAAGUCUAA